UCUAAAAAAUUAUUUUAUUGUUUUAAUUAGUAUUUAUAUUAAAAUUAUUUCAUCAUUUUUAUACAUAAUAUAUUGUCAUAAGAAAAUAUCGUAAUUGAACAGUGAAUUUUACUAUUUACGAAUGUAAUUAAUACUAUUACAAUGCCAAGCAGCGUUACUUCUUUUCGAUCAACAUCAUCUUUGUCAUACUUACCUUCACCAGUAACACAGCGAACAUGUAUGACUGCUGCUGUGAAACGUUAUCGGUAUUUGAGAAAAUUAUUGAACUUUGAACAAAUGGAUUUUGAAUUUGCACUGUGGCAAAUGACGUUUUUAUUUAUCAAUCCUCAAAAAGUUUAUAGAAAUUUUCAACAUAGAAAAGAAACCAAAUUACAAUUUGCUCGUGACGAUCCAGCAUUUUUAGUUCUUUUAAGUGGUUUACUCUGUGUUUCAUCAAUAGCAUUUACAUACGUUCUAAGGCUUGGUGUCAUCGAGUUCUUAAAAUUUCUAUUAUAUAUUGUAACAAUAGAUUGUUUAUUAUCUGGUGUAAUUAUUAGUACAGUGUUAUGGUUUGUUGCCAAUAAAUAUUUAAUUAAGUCAAACUAUAAAGGCCAAGAUGUAGAAUGGGCAUAUGCUUUCGAUAUACAUUUAAAUGCUUUUGUGCCAAUGUUAGUAAUAUCUCACAUAUUUCAGUUGUUUUUCUAUCACAUAUUUCUCAGGCACGAUUGGUUUCUGCCUUUAUUUAUUGGUAACACAUUAUGGCUCAUAGCUAUUGGUUACUAUCUAUAUAUUACGUUUUUAGGAUACAGCUGUUUACCUAUCUUGCAUAAAACUGAAGUACUAUUAACUCCAUUCAUUUUGUUGUUUUUCUUAUACAUUUUAUCAUUUGCUAUAAAUUGGAAUAUAAGUGAUAAUGUGAUGUCUAUUUAUGAAUACAGAAUUCUAUGAAACAAAUAUUAUUUUUUAAUUA